AUGCCUCGUACUAUCACUCAACUCUCCCCUCGUGCCUCACGCAUCCCUCAGCCGCUCCGCCCUUUCUCCUUCACCCUCGCCGCGUUUCGCUCAGCCUCUCCGCCCUUUCCUUUCUCUCCAUCCCGCGACCCUCGCCGCGUCACCCGUCAGCAGCCAGCUCGUGCAGCCCUGCCCACCGCAUCCCGUCUUCCUUCCCCCCUCGUCCGCCUCUUCCCCCCUCGUCCGCCUCUUCCCCCUUCGUCCGCCUCUUCCCCCCUCGUCCGCCUCUUCCCCCCUCGUCCGCCUCUUCCCCCCUCGUCCGCCUCUUCCCCCCUCGUCCGCCGACUCUUCCCCCCUCGUCCGCCUCUUCCCCCCUCGUCCGCCUCUUCCCCCCUCGUCCGCCUCUUCCCCCCUCGUCCGCCUCUUCCCCCCUCGUCCGCCUCUUCCCCCCUCGUCCGCCUCUUCCCCCCUCGUCCGCCUCUUCCCCCCUCGUCCGCCUCUUCCCCCCUCGUCCGCCGCCUCUUCCCCCCUCGUCCGCCUCUUCCCCCCUCGUCCGCCUCUUCCCCCCUCGUCCGCCUCUUCCCCCCUCGUCCGCCUCUUCCCCCAUCGUCCGCCGCCUCUUCCCCCCUCGUCCGCCUCUUCCCCCCUCGUCCGCCGCCUCUUCCCCCCUCGUCCGCCUCUUCCCCCCUCGUCCACCUCUUCCCCCCUCGUCCGCCUCUUCCCCCCUCGUCCGCCUCUUCCCCCCUUGCCCCUCAACAUUCCAGCGACCCGGCGAGCGACCGGUUCAACAUGAGCAGGCAGCUAAAGCACCGUCCCAUUGCGCGCUUAACCAACGCCACUUUCCCCGCGCAUGAUUUCGCCAUUGCGACUCUCCCUUCGCACCCCCCAUUGACAGGCGAGCGAGCGGUUCACCAUCAUCAGCCAACUGGAGCACAUGCAGCCUUGCCCACUCGCAUUUUUCCUCCCCUUCCCCGUUCCCCCCCUCCUUUCCCCUUCCCCGUUCCCCCCCUCCUUUCCCCUUCCCCGUUCCCCCCCUCCUUUCCCCUUCUCCGUUCCCCCCCUCCUUUCCCCUUCACCGGUUAUCACCAGGCGAGCGAUCGGUUCAACAUCAGCAGCCAGUUGGAGCACAUGCAGGCGAGAUACGUGGGCACGGGACAUGCUGACACCACCAAGUACGAGUGGGCGGUGAACAUCCACAGGGACAGCUACGCCUCCUACGUGGGGCACCACCCGCUGCUGGCCUUCUUUGCCGUGGCGGAGAAUGAGAGCAUCGGCCGCGAGCGAUACAACUUCAUGCAGGUGAUUGGUGUUGUAAGGGAUGCUGUGGGAGGUGCUGUGGGAGGUGCUGUGGGAGGUGCUGUGGGAGGUGCUGUAGGCGGUGCUGUAGGCGGUGCUGUAGGCGGUGCUGUAGGCGGUGCUGUAGGCGGUGCUGUGUCACAACUUCAUUAG